CAGAGUAAACAAGCUUACGGGUACCAAACAACGAACUAACACAUUUUUCGUUGAUCUCAUUUUUGACAAACAACAUUCGAGUUGAAUGGCUUUUUCAAUUCAAAUCGAAUACUACUGUUGGUGAAUUCAUUAUUAACUCUUCGGUUUCAAAGCAAUUUUUUAAAACAAACACACUUGAAUUGAUUCCAUUUUCGAAAUUUACAAUCAAUUUAAAAACAAAGAAAAAAAAAACAGUUUCUUUAGUGCGUGUCAGUGUAUGUGUUCAAAAUAGCGUGAUUAACAAUUCUUUUGGAUUAAGUGUGAUAUUUUCAACACAUCAUUAUUUUCAAAUGAAAUAAUUUUUGUGCAACUGCUAAGAUUGACCGUUAUCUGUUUUGUUUACUCUUGAGCUUUGAAUUUAAAAAUCAAGUUUGAAAUAAAAGAAACGAGAUAAAAAAAAUCGUGUAACGUUUCAGAAAUAAGAGUAACACUUAAAACGAAUUAAAGAAUUCUUCAAAUUUGUGUGUGUGUGUGAUACUGUGGCACUCACUUUGCUAAUAACUAGAAAGAAUUUUUGGUGUGAUAGCUUCGCGCACCCAAUAAAAAACACACAGAACAAACAAACAAAAAACCCGACUUGAAGAAAAUGACGAAGUCAUUAAAUGAACGAAUUUUCUGGUGUUGGACACUGUAUUGCAUCGUAGGUUGUGGUUUAUUGCCAGAAAUGGUGACGGGUGCCAGAUAUUUACCCACACGACGUUCCAUACCAACACAAUUAGAGCGAAACGAACGGCUGAGGGAACUAUUUCAACACAUUCUUGAAUCGGAACGUGACGCACAUUUAUCGGCGGCAAAUGAAUUUGCCGAUCAAUUGAAAUUGAUUCAAAAGCGGGGUAAUGAUUUUGGCUUGUUGCCAGAUCCGAUUAAGGACUAUAACGAUGAAUUUGGCGAUGAUUAUGAUGACAAAGUAGAGCAUUCGUAUGAUGGUGUGCGAAAAUCAUACAAGCAACAACAACAAACACGUCAAAAGCAACCAUUGAGAUUUGUAUUGUUAAACUAUGGCCACGGAACACAUCGAACGCAAAAGCCCGACCAAUCCAUUUUGAAUGGUAAAUUACAUAACACGGCCUCAUCUUCGGAUGAUUUGCUUUCGUCUCGAUCGCAACAGUUAAUGCAAAAAUUGUAUCGAGGUAAGCAACAACAAAAAUCAAGUGCCGCCACCAAUACAAAUGCCGACACAAGCAACGAUUUGGACUGGAUAACCACAAACAAUGACGUAAACAGUGCCAAUGACUAUGACGCACAAUACGAUGACGUCAAUGAAAAAAGAUCGCCGUCAUCAAAUAUGAAAUUCGAUCGUUUUCGACGAAACGGCUCAAUGGUUUCGCAUAAAGAGCAUCUCAAUUAAAGAGAAAUCAAAAUCACAAGAGAAAAAAAAAACAAACAAA